CCGCAUAGGGCCAAUGUAUCAGCUAACAUCACUACUAUUACGAGGAUAUCUUUACGCGCGCAGGUUCACGCCGUGGCACGCGCUUUUGAGUGAGCGCGCGCAUACAUCUGUGGUUCGUUCAUCUGUGCAGCGAGCUGAGAGUCAGUGCCGCAAGUGACGAGGGACUCAGAAGUUAUUAGCAUCGGAGAAGCGUCACCAAGAGGCUCAACAGAGAAGCUGUCCUGUCGCGAGGGGUUGUUGUGGACAAGAGAAAAGCAAAAGGAUGCUGAUCCGAGGUGCGCCCGGAGCGUCUGCCUCACCUCACCUGCGCAAACACGGGAUCGUCCUGUAACUUUUACUGUGUUGAAGUAGCGUAAAUCUCAGCUGAGCUGGUUUAUUCUGUCCGUAAGGGUAAAGUGCUGCUCUCCUGCCAUGCGUGGUCUACCAGUCCACAGUGCGCUCUCUCUGUGCGCCUUCCUCCAGCUGUUCUCUCUGCUCGGCGGGCAAAUGCCAAACUGCCAGGAGGUGCGCACGGUGUUUCACUCUCUGCAUCCGGGCUCCAAGUUGGUGCCCGAAAACCCGGUGUCAGGUGCCGAUCUGCAGGUUUGCCAAACCAAAGGCCCGACCUGCUGUUCCAAGAAGAUGGAGGAGCGCUAUCAGGUAGCCGCACGCAGCAACAUGGAGUCCGGCCUGCAGGUUGUCAGUGCCCAACUUAAACGUCUUAUCAUCCAGAAUGCUGCAAUAUUCCAAGAGGCCUUCGACCUGGUGCUGCGUCACGGCCGUAACUCCACCCUGGCCAUGCUCAAGUCAGAGUUCCCAGGCCUUGGAGCUGGAGCACAGAGCUCUGUUGGACAGCUCUUUUUGGACAUGUCGCUCUACAUCCUGGGCUCUGAUUCUACAGUGGACAACAUGGUUGAGGUGCUCUACGGUCGCCUCUUCCCCCUGACGUACCGCCACCUGCUGGGGGGCAGCAUGUCCUCUAUGUCAGAGGAGUGUGUGAAAGGAGCCUGGAAGGACUCUGGAGCAUUUGGCCCUUAUCCCAAGCUGAUGAUGACCCGUCUGUCUCGCUCCCUCCUGGCAACAAGAGUCUUCCUGCAGGCGCUCAACCUGGGCAUCGAGGUCGUCAACACCACAGACCACCUGCGGCCGGGCCGGGACUGUAGCCGGGCUCUGCUUCGGCUGUGGUACUGUCCGCACUGCCAGGGCAUUCUGGGACCGCCGGCCUGCAGGGGUUUCUGUCAGGCGGUGAUGCAGGGCUGCCUGGGGGGAGCGGCCGAGGUGCAGCCCCACUGGAGGAGCUACGUUGACGGACUGGGGAAACUGGCCGGUGGCAUGAGGGGAGAGCAGGACAUGGAGGCUGUUGUUCUUAGAUUACCUUCAAUGAUCAAGCUGGCUCUCAAGCAUGCUGUGAAUGCUCGCGCCCGCCUCAGCACCCUGGUGAGCGGGAUGUGUGGACAAACUCCUCAGCGGGCUUCUCGCUCCGUUGCACCCCCUCCUCCCCAGUCUCCUGCUGCCUCUGAUACUCGCGAUGCACAGCCCCUUUCCUCGGACUCUGAUGAGACUUUGGCCGGCCUCCGCAGGGAGUUCAUAUCCAACCUGAGGGGCUUCAGCUCCUUCUACAGUGGUCUUGGGGAGGCACUGUGCAGCCGUGAGCCUGCUCCAACGAACCACUCCCUCUGCUGGAAUGGGCAGGAAAUGACAGACAGGUUCGCUGGUCCUGGCCCGAAGCGGACUCACUCUGGCUCCGAGGCCCGAAGCAACAAGCCUCCUGAGCCAAUCAUCAACCAGAUUAUAGACAAACUCAAACACAUCAACCAGUUGCUGCGGCUGGUGACGGUAUCUGAGAAGCGCUGGAGAGCCCGGACGCGUGGAGGUGGAGCUGGAGUGGAAGGGUGGAGUGAUGAAGGGGAAGAAGGAUUUGAGAGCGGUGACUGUGACGAUGAAGAUGAGUGCGCUGGAGUUUCAGGGCUCGGGCCGCCGCCGAGACGCAAACGAUUACGCAUCUUUGCAGACCUGGCUGAUAACCUAGCAAUGGACGACUUCACCUUCCAGGAGCAGCUGCUGACCCCUCGCUUGGCCACAGCCGGGGUCGGAGGGGUCUCCUCACCUGCGGCUCCGCUGUGGAGGAGCAGCCUGGUCCUGACUCUCCCUCUGACACUUGCACUGCUCGUGCCCUUUCUCCACUGACCAGGGUACUUCUCAUACAAUCCCGUCAACCCCCCCUUCUUGGAUUCAUUACAAUUCAUCUUUAUUUAUGUAUCACCAAUACAUAACAAGUGUUAUAUCAAGACACAGGUCCAGACUGUUCACUUUGUUAUAUUAAAGAAAGUUCUGGUCCCUUAUAUGAACAACAACAAAAUGCUCCACUUCUCUUAUGAGACUCAGCAGGAAUCUGUUCUGUUUUAUUCAAAGAAAUGUUCAAAACACACCUUUAAAGCACAUCAGAUACCCUCAUGGCAUUGUGUAAAUAACAAAACUUGCCCUCUGACAUUUUAAUUUGUACAACUUUUGUGCCCUCCUGAAUCACCUCCUCACUCUUCUCAUAUUGACUUCUAUAAAAGAACAACGUGACAGGGGCCCUUAUCAUUACAUAGCACCGGCAUGGACCUACAUUUGAGGAGCUACAAAAGACCUUUUAAGAGACUGCAACACUUUACUGCCCUGCAGCAACAAAUCAAGAAAAGCAAGAAAACUUCUGCUGCUCUUUGAAUGGCGGUGAAGGACCUCCUGCAAGGACUGGACUGCAGAUGGGGAGUUGUUGUGUACUCCAUAUCCCCAGAGGCUGAGGUUGUAUCCCUCAUUAAAGAUGCACUGUACCUUAAAGUACUCUGUCACCUUCUCAAGCUCCCUAUUUCUCUCUCGUUUUUGUGAAGGUAUAACUGAUUCACACUCACCGGUCAGUGUUUCCUUUUUUCUUAAAGCUGGUGAUGAAAUGCUCCUGCGAACAUUUCAAGGGCUAUCAUAUGAGUGUAAGUCUCAUAACAAGCCAGAUGACUAAACAGAUGAUUGUUCAGUGUGUUGGUGCCAUGUUUACAAAAUGUUUUUAUUUUUAAAUUAUGUCCAAUUUCACGAGAAAAAGCUGUUUUGUAAAUUGAAUCAUUGGUUAGACCACAGAAACACUGCAGCAAUUGUCAAGCGUAUUCUUUAGCACUGUGUGUACAGGGGAUGAGUCUUAGGGAAUGUAAAUAUGUAUAAACAUGUGUAAAUGUAUUUUAUAAUGUAGGUUUCCAUUGGCUCACACGCUCAUAAUGUCUGGACCUUGUGUGUUCAGUCAUCCGUUCUUAAGAUUUGUUUAAUAAGAAGACAUAUUUCUACAUCGUUUGAUUCAUUUUGUUUGGUUUUUAAAAUGACAUGUGGUGAAGACGUACUCUCAUGUUUAGACUGGAAGGACACUUAAUAAAACUGGAAAUGUAUCUGGCUGCCACCCACCCAGCUGACUUCAACCAGCUGAUCCGGACAGUGCAUGGAUCCGUCUGUUAGCUGUCCCUGCUUCUCCUGGAGGGUCGCAGAACA